GGCGGCGGCGGGAUCGGCCGCGUCUCUUCGCCCGCCCUCCUUCCAUUCCCUCCCGGGCCUAGCAGCCCAGCCCAACAGGUAUGGCGCUGCUGACUGUGGAUGUGGUGGGGCCGGCACCCUGGGGCUUCCGAAUCACGGGGGGCAGGGACUUCCACACGCCCAUCAUGGUGACCAAGGUAACAGAGCGGGGCAAAGCAGAAGCUGCUGACCUCCGACCUGGUGACGUCAUUGUGGCCAUUAAUGGGGAGAAUGCAGAGGGCAUGCUUCACGCUGAGGCACAGAGCAAGAUCCGCCAGAGCCGGUCGCCCCUUCGGCUGCAGCUGGAUCGGUCCCGGGCGGUCUCUCCCGGGCAGAACAGUGAGAGCUCUUUGGAACUGCUGGCUACUCGCUUCCAGGGCUCAGUGAGGACACAAAGUCAGUCUUCUCUGCGGUCCUCCUACUCCAGCCCGACCUCAUUCAGCUCCCAGCCAGGCAGCCCCUUCGCCACCCCACCCCCCAGCAGCCCCAGUGCCUUCCCUAGAGAGGCAGCGGUCAGUGACCGCAGUUUCCAGAGCCAGACACAUGCCCCUGGACUCGCUGCUGACCGCUUCUCUUACGGAGGUGGAGGUCACGCUUCAAGCCGACAGGCUGGCCAGGGCCGCGCUGGCGACUCGGCUGUGUGGGUCCUGCCGUCUUCCCAGGGCGCCCAGUCCUCCAGGCUCAGUGCAGACUCAGAAGCAGGGAGCUGCCUCCUGGAAGAGGACUCUGAAGUUUUCAAGAUGCUACAGGAAAACCGUGAGGGGCGGGGGGCUCCCCGGCAAUCCAGCUCCUUUCGGUUCCUGCAGGAAGCCCUCGAGGCUGAAGAGAGAGGUGGCCCUCCAGCCGUCCUGCCUAGCUCGCUGAGCCCCCAGACCUCUGCGCCCACGGGCAGGGUCCUGGCCACACCCCCGAAGCUCCACACCUGUGAGAAGUGCAACACGAGCAUCUCGAACCAGGCUGUACGCAUCCAGGAGGGCCGGUACCGCCACCCGGGCUGCUACACCUGCGCCGACUGUGGCCUGAACCUCAAGAUGCGAGGGCACUUUUGGGUGGGGGACGAGCUGUACUGCGAGAAGCACGCCCGCCAGCGCUACUUGGCUCCCUCUGCCCUGCACCCCCAGGCCUGAACGCCCUGCUCAGGAGCCUGAAAGGCCUGGUGGUGGGUGGUGGCUCAGGUGUGAACACCGUUUGGCGUCUGGAAGUCCCUUCAUCCUCCCAGAGGAUGGUGGUGGGUGCUGUGGGCUCCUUUCCCUCCUAGGUAUUGGGAGCUUUUGAAAGAGGGUCCCUGGGCCACUGUAUUGGGUGUGGGCAUACCAGGUGGGGAGCAGGGUGGGGCGAGGGGAUGAGAAUCGAGGAGGAGAGGGGUGGGCCAGAGGUGAAAGUUCUCCACUGUGUAAAGUUUCCCAAAGAUGAGCUCUAUAAAUAUAUGUACAUGGACAAAAUUAA